CGCCCUUAAGCAUGGUGAAAAAGAAAAAAGAAAAAAAGAAAAACAGAAAAAUCCCUAAAACCCCAAUGUUUCAAAUUGAGAGAAAAUCGUAAGCAGAAAAUCACAUUUUCUCUGCAAAAACCCUCAAGAAUUUUCCUAAUUGAUCUCCAUUGUAUUUUAUACAGACAAUCUAGCUUUCGUAUACGUAUAUAUUUCACCAUACAGACGCUCUGCGCACUUCAAUCUAGUUCCUUCAGUCCGUAUUUUGACGUCUCGAUUAUUUUGACAAGAAAACAUAAAUGGCGUUUGGUUCGUUGAUUUCACGAGAUGGCCGUUGUUUCGUUAUGUUUGAGUGAUGGGUGAAGCACGCUUGCCGAGCAAGAUGGACACAGAGACUAAGCAUGCGUCUGUUGAUAUUCAGAAUACUGCAACGGUUCCUUCAUCCACAUCGUUAGCAACUACCCCGAAAACGUCUAUGUUUGCAAAAAAGAUAGGAUUCGUCAUCCCGAAAAACAAGCUAUCAGGUUCGUUGGUUCCUUUUUCUCGAGGCACUAAAAAAGCAGAUGCUGAUGUGGGGAAAGAGGAAGCUACUAAUCAGGUGCAGAGGAAAACCAAAUGGGGACCCGAUCCAGCCGCGGAUAACACUGUUCGAAAAGGUAGAGCAUUGGCAUAUCAGACUCGGAUCAAUCAAAUAUCACAACAGCUGACUCUAGGGGCCCUGGAACUUGAAGAUAACAAAGACUCGUUAUCGACAUCUGAAUUUCAAUACGAGAAGACAUCAGAUCAUCAGCUUAGCAAGAAGGAUUCUGAACUGCUGGAACUUGAAAGACGUGAAAUUAUUGGUGAAAUAUUAAAGUUAAACCCAACCUAUAAGGCUCCUGCUGAUUACAAACCUAUUUUAAAAGAGGCAAAAGUUCCAAUUCCUGUGAGUAUCAAAGAGUAUCCCGGGUACAAUUUUAUUGGUUUAGUAUUUGGCUCUGCAAGUGAUACUCAUAAGCGACUGGAGAAGGAAACGGGGGCUAAGAUACAAGUUUAUGGCACAAAGGCCGAUACGGGAAUGAAGGUUCAAGUAACUCCUACUGAUGGAAAAGAAAUAGACGAUGCUUACGAAGAUCUGUAUAUACAUGUAUCAGCCGACACAUUUGAGAAAAUCGAUGCAGCUGUGUCAUUGAUCGAACUUUUAGUCACCCCAGUUUCAGUGAAUCCAGUGUCUUCUUCGACAACAUCGAAUGCAGUUUCUGAUGAUCAAGUCAAUGCUCAAUCGAGUCAAAACCAGCCUACCUCCAAUGUAGGGCCCACACCGAUAAACCAAGGAACAGCUCAACCAUAUCCCGGUUCUUUACCACCUCCUCAAGGUCAAUAUCCUCAACCAUGGUUUUCUGCGGGUCCCGCUCAUACUCCAACAUAUCCACAGUCUCGAUUAGUCUCCCCUACAAAUUCUUCUGCACCGUUACUCAACAACACUGUCCAAGUACCUUCUUCGCCUUUUAAUCCCACAAACAUGCCUUCACUAUUCGGCCCACAGCCAGUCUUACCUCCAAGUUUCAGUCCUGUUCCGCAAAAUCCUUCGAAUUUUCUCUCCAGACCUCAGCUACCCUCGUAUUUGCAACAAGCACCCCCUCAUAAUAUAAGACCGAUAAUAUCCCCAUCACCUCAAUCUGCUCCUCUUACAACAUCAUUUUCUGACAGACCAAUGAAUCCUCAGAAUGUUCCUUCCCACGGACAUCAUGCUAUGCACCCGCAGAAUAUGUCCGUUUCUGGAGCGUCACAGCCGAGUAACCCUAGCAAUAUGAUUUUUUCACCAAGCCAACAAUUUCGGCCACUGCCCAAUCCAUUCUCUGGAAACGGUAGAAAUUUCGAUCCUGUAAAACCUCUUUCUAGUGAUUUUACUUUUCAGCCCCAACGACAACCACCGAAUGCAGCUCCUCAGUUUUGGCAAAAUAGUCAACCACCACAUCAUCACAAUGUAAGACCAAUUCAAACAGGGCCUCAAUCUCCAUUCUUGAGACCUAUGGUGCCUCUGAAUUCUCCCCCGGGUGGUCCCGCUUUCCAACGGCCUCAGAUGAGUCAUCAACCAAUGCCUACAAACUUUGCCGGAAGUCCAACGGGCCCACAAAUGCCACCUAGGCAUGCGAUGUUGCCACAUAUGCAACAACCAAGGAACUUUAUUCCUAUGAAUAGUAACAACAACUCUGGUCCUUUUCCUCCCAGACCAGUAAAUCACCAUCUUGGAGCAAUGCACCCGCAGAGACCUCAACCGAUGCCGCCACAUCAGCAAUUUGGUAAUAACCAUGGAAGGCCGUUUUCUAGCUCUUCUGGUGUUCAGCAAACGUAUGAUCCUUUCUCACCUACUUCAACGACUUUUAGUAACAAUCCUCAAAUGGGCAGUAAUAAUGCAGCGCGGGUGCACGGUGAAACUGAUCCGGAGUAUGAUGAUCUGAUGGCUUCAGUCGGUGUGAAAUGAGUUUUAUUUUAAGUGCUCUGUUUGUAUUAGCCGCAUAGAGUUUGAGAAAGCAGUCUUCAGAAACAGUUUUGAGCUGUUGAUCUAUAGUUUGUCUUGAUAUUUACGUCUCUCUAUUUCGGAUAUAACAAGCACGUUGUGAAACUUGUAUCCUCUUUGUUACUUUAUUUCAUUUUGUUUGAAAUUCUC